CAGAAAUAAAUCGCUUUUCGGAUUUUUUAAAGCGAGGGCCUGUAAGGCUGUGUAUCAAUUGUGAAAAGUCAAAAGAAUUUACUAUUAGGGUUGUUAAUUAUUUGGGUUUUCCUACAAUUAUUCGAAAAUGGCCUCCUUGCGCAUGGCCAUUCGGAAAUUAGCCACAAGUGCUGCAGUUAACCAGCAGCAGCAGCAGCUUGUGCGUCCUCCCAUUCAGGUCUUUGGCAUUGAUGGUCGAUAUGCGACGGCGUUGUUUUCAGCUGCCUCCAAGGAAAACCAACUGGAUCAUGUGGAGCGGGAUAUAAAUUUGAUGGGCGAGCUAUUUCAGCAGAACGCCCGCGUUGCUGAUGCACUGAAAAAUCCUAUCGUUUCUAAGCAGGACAAGCAGGGAAUGCUGCAGAGUCUGGCUCGCGAGCACAACUUGAAUCCCUUAACACUCAAUGUGUUCUCCGCUAUGAGUGAUAACGGUCGCUUAUCCCUUUUGCCCAAGUUUAUGAAGACGUUCGGUAACAUUAUGAGCGCUGCACGCGGAGAAGUGCUGGCUGUUGUCACCACGGCUAAGGAACUGGAUGAGAGUCAGCGAAAGAAUUUGAAUUCGGCCCUGCAGAAUUUUGCCAAAAAGGGACAGAAGCUGAAGGUCGAGACGAAAGUGGAUCCGAACAUUAUUGGUGGAAUGGUGGUCAGUGUAGGUGACCGCUAUGUGGAUAUGUCAACAGCUUCGAAGAUUAAGAUGUACUCGAAGAUUGUGGAAGAAACUAUUUAAAUAGUCUUUUAAGUGCGACGUAUCGUGUUAGUGUCAUGAUGUACGCGUUCUUUACAGUUAGUAUGUUUUAAUAAUAAAAUUCGUUGGAGGAAGUUGAA